CGGAAGAAGCAUUGCUCGAAAGUAAACAUUGAAAAGAAAAGCACGUUAUGUCAGGGUUAUUAUUAGAUAUCUUCAAAGUCCAUUGUCGUGCAAGAAGACAGCACGUGAAAACAUUUCUUGCUACUCAUUUUAACGGACAAUGCGUGUGCGUUAGAACUUUCCAGACAUAUUCGUCAUUACUUGCCGCUAGAAAGAAAAUGGCUACACAAUCACAAACAGUGGAAAGAAAAUCACAAAUUAAAGAACAAUAUUUUGACUACUUUCUUAUUCUAGAUUUUGAAGCAACUUGUAAGGAAAAUGAGAAAAUUUAUCCACAGGAGAUAAUUGAGUUCCCAGUGAUAAAAAUCAACGCAAAGACACUACAGGUUGAGUCAACUUUCCAUCAGUAUGUAGAACCCAAGGUGCACAAAGAGCUCACACCAUUCUGCACACAGCUGACAGGUAUCAUCCAAGAUAUGGUUGAUGGGAAGCCACAUUUAGAAGAGACAUUACAGAGCUUUGACAAGUGGAUGUUGGACAACAAGCUGCUGGGGGCUGACACAAAAUCUCUUUUUGUGACCUGCGGUGACUGGGAUCUCAAAACCAUGCUUCCUUCUCAGUGCAGUUAUUUUAAGAUUCCGGUCCCAAAGUACUUCGGCCAGUGGCUGAAUAUAAAGAAGGGGUUUGCUGAAGUUACGGGCAGCUACCCUCGAGAAAUGAUGGGUAUGCUGUCGUCAUUGCAGAUCCCACACCAGGGCAGGCACCACAGUGGCAUUGAUGACUGCAAAAACAUUGGCAAUAUUCUGGUAGAGCUGUUACACAGGGGAUACGUUGCCAAAGCCUCAUGCUCCAAUAGAUGAGAAAUACUUUUGGCAGAUUCAAACUAUGAUUAUAUAUUAAAUAAUUAAUGUUUCAUAUUGAAAAAAGAGUAAAUGACAUUUUAAUUAGUGAACUUCGGAAAGAAUUGUAUGUUUUUACAUUGAUUAAAAACUUCCUCCAGUGCCAAAUGCAUUUGCUUCAGACAAAUGACACAAUUUUGUGGGCACAAUACAAAUCCAUACAUUUUCUAACCUCUUGUUCAGUUCAGUCAGUCCGUCCGAAAACUUUAACAUUAGACAUAACUUUUGCAAGAUUGAAGAUAGCAACUUGAUAUUUGGCAUGCAUGUGUAUCUCAUGGAGUUGCACAUUUUGAGUGGUGAAAGGUCAAGGUCAUUCUUUGAAGUCAAAAGUAAAAAAAUACAAUCCAAGGGAAGUAAUAAGCUUUAACAGGGUGAUAAUUUCUAAACCAGCCUAAUGAUAUAUUGACAUUUUAUUUCAAAUUGGUGCAAUAGGGGGCAUUGUGUUUCUGACAAACACAUCUCUUGUUAUGGUCUUGAAUGUCAAAUCUCAAUGCAAACUUGUCGUAUAGUUCCCAUAUCUUGAUGUGGAAAAUGCUUAAAAUGUUACUCAGGGGUAAUUUGGUCCUCAGAAACGGCCUUACACUGGUUUAACAUUGAUGCAUUUUUGUAUUUCUUUUAAAGAUAAUUCUACAAAUUGUAUAUAUCUUUUAAAGAUAAAUAAGAAUAAUUCUUCAAAUUUUAAUGUUUUGACAUAUAUUUACAAGGCAUGUUCUAUGUUAUAUAUAUUAAAUGCAACCCAACAUCUUAAUCGUAGAAAUAAAUGUUAACCUGUUGUUGGUUCUACAAGCACAACAAAAAAUGAUUAUGCUUUUCUUUUACUUUGUCUACUGUGCCUAUGCAAAAUAUAUUCAAAUUAUAUAUAGAUCUACCUUGUAGUUGUUUCUAGUUUUCAUACAAACUCAACCCAUAUUUGGCUUUGUAUGUACAUCCAAACUUACACAGCAUGUCUGUUCAAAUCAGGGAACUUAGGCAAAUUUGUUUGCUCAAUAAAGAAAGAAAUUCCAGGCCAUGGUAGAGCUAGGAUUCUUUGGUCAAAAUCAAAACCAGAUACCAGUUUGUUAACUCAACACAAAAGAUAAAUGUCUCUCUGGUGUAGAGGUAAAGCAUAUGGUUUUAUAUCAAGAAGUCAUGGGUUUUAUUUAAGAGCCUGUUAAACUUUUUUAAUCACCUGUGUUUUGCUUGUAACAAUUAUUUUACAGUAUUUCAAAUGUAUAGUGCUGUAAAAAAAUACAUAAAAAAUAACAUAUUAAAAGUGCAAACAAG